AUGGCCACGGUGCAGGAUCGGACUUCUUACUGGGAACAAGCCAAAGAACAGGGAUUCGACCUUUCCUGGUUGAGUAAGCUCGAAGAAACCGUUACCCGCGAAAGUGUGGACGACUUCUCCAUGAACAACACGGGCCGGGUCGAGGGCUCCAUCCCCAGGGGUGAUGUGCCCCAAUUCGGCGCUUACACCUUCCGGACCAAGAGCGAUGUAUGGGGCUACAACCUGACCAAGCUCUACCAGGAAUUCGUUACCCCGCCAGUGGAGUUCCGCCACUGA